AUGGCGUCGAACAACAGCAGAAGUAGUAGUGUCAGUUGUGCUGACAGUGGUAUCAGUUGUAGCACCGCUUUGAGCACUGUUACUCCACAAUAUGCUUGUUAUUGGACUCCCAACUGUAACGGGUACCAUGAAUUCGAUGAUUGUCCGAUGCGAAGUCGUCAACUAAGAGGCAAAUUAGGCAUCUAUUACAGUCCAAAUGCUGUCUUUAAACGAUUUAUGCGUGAUCAGAUAAAUGGUCUAUCGUUGGAAUCGAAUCCAACUGGGUGUACAAUGGUUAAUUUAUUAAUUUAUAAAAUAGAAAAUGAUGAGACAUGGUUACUCUUUGCUACGAAACUACUUAGACAAAAACAGCAAAAAAACGCAGCAAAGCCCAGCCAACAGUUAUUAUUAGCAUUACCAUCAUCGAAUCCAUGUAAGAAAGAUGAACUUCAAAAAGAUACAGCUGCAAGAGCAUUAGAAUAUAUUACCAAUGAAACAGAGGUGACAAAAAAAAUCCGAUCCCGUCUCAAACGUUUCCUUUUUGUUGAUGCUAGUGUUAUCUAUCCAUUGUUUUUAAAUAAUGAAGAAGCCAAUCACUUAAAAAAUGAUUUUUCCACAAAUGAAGAAAUUCGUUCUCUUCAUUGGUUCCCUCUACCUAUGGUUUUGAGUCGAAUGCCUCAAUGGGAUGAUUAUUUGAGAACGGAAGCUGCAGAAAAAGAAUUAGCACAAAUAAAACAUAACUUUCCCGAACAAAUGAAGCUGAAUACAGAUAAUCAAGAAUAUACAAUGUGGUCAGUCGCACAAUGUUACCUGAUGUGUAUUAGAAACCAUGUGGGAUUCGAUACAUUUCUUCAGAUAUAA